AAAAAUCAUAACGCGAUAUAUACGCGCAGAAGGACAAGAAUAUCAUAGACAUAAGACUUACGGGAAUUAUCUAAAGAAAUACGCGAACCGUCCUUUCAUUACGGACUUCAUAUACUGCAGCACAGCAUUUGAGGAAACACGUAUCAGAGGAGGGUAGUCACAGAUGAAUUAGAAAGAUGUCAUCGGUAGAGAAAAGGGCUUUUGCCCAGAAAGUGGAAUGUUAGGACUGUCUAAGUUAGCUUGCUGGCUAGCCAAACACUACCAGUCAGGUGCGACCGCCUCUUGGAAGAAACCGGCUAAUGUCUAACAAUUUCUAUGGAUAGACACUUGUUGAUGAGCAAUUUUAGAGAGCUGACUAACAGAGGUUCGUCUUUGAAAAGGUUCUACCGUCCUACCGACUGUUAUGGACAACGUGAAAUCACGCAGCACCGAUGAAGAUGAAGAACUUCACUCCACAGAUCCAGAAAGUAAAGAGAAAGGCAAAGAUAAAAAGACCCUGUGCAAAGUAAAGUGGUCACGAGAUGAGGAUGAAAAGCUGAAAAAACUUGUUGAACAGCAUGGAACCGAAUCCUGGAAAUUAAUCGCUAACCUUUUUCCAGGGAGGACAGAUGGUCAGUGUCAGCACCGCUGGCAGAAGGUGCUCAAUCCCGAGCUGGUGAAAGGACCCUGGACAAAAGAAGAGGAUCAGAAGGUGAUCGACUUGGUCCACAAGUAUGGCCCCAAGCGCUGGUCAGUGAUAGCAAAGCACCUCCAGGGAAGGAUUGGAAAGCAGUGCCGUGAACGAUGGCACAACCACCUGAACCCCGAGGUGAAGAAGUCUUCAUGGACCCAGGAAGAGGAUCGGAUCAUCUACGAAGCGCACAAGCGCCUCGGCAACCGCUGGGCAGAGAUCUCUAAGCUUCUCCCUGGACGGACAGACAACUCCAUCAAGAACCACUGGAAUUCCACCAUGAGGAGAAAGGUGGAGCACGAGGGUUACCUGCAGGACGGCUGCAAGAAUUUUUCUUCCUCUGCUAGUGUGAAGAGGCGUCACAACAAAACCUGUCCCACAUCGUCCACAGAGCCGCAGCGCCGCGACCGCAGUCCUCUGCCUGUGGCGGGACCCAACCAGAUGGCUGGUUAUCCAUACGAUCCUCACAGUGCGCACAUGAUGGACAAUCUCCCAGAAAACUCAAGCUUCCCAUUGCCAUCGUGCCUGGAUGAUCCUGACAGAGAGCAAAGAAUUAAGGAGCUUGAGCUGCUGCUUAUGUCAGCAGAGAGUGAAGUCCAACGACAUGUGCAGUGCAGAGGUUCACGUAGCGUGGAGCCGUACACGGCCUGGUCAGACAGUGUGUCGGAUGACACGGGGAACACAAGCAGCAGUAGUCUGAAGGAGCGUGCAGAGCGAGGGCCCUGGAGGGCACAGCUUCCUGUCUCUCCCAGCAAAUUCCUGGCCACAGAGGCCAACACUGUGCUCUCCAGCCUGCAGACCAUGCCAGAGUUUGCAGAAACCAUGGAGCUCAUUGACUCAAUGUCCUUUGCCCUGCAGGACCCCGCUGCAUGGGGCGAUACAGCCAGCUUUGACAUGUCAGAGACGGCAACGCUGCCCAGGCACAACCAAGCAGGCUUCACCACUCUGCUUCAGGAGAAGACCGUCUACAACCCAAUGGGCUACGCGGCCAGCACCCCCACUGCCAUGUCAGGCCAUGACAGGAGCCCUGCUCCAUUUGUUUUGGGAGGUCUCAGCUCCUUGACACCCAUCAACUCAUCCAAAAACGACCCGGCGUCCACAGAAAGGAAGAGGAGAAGGGAGAGGGGAGAACCGUUGUCCGACAGGACUUGCUCCUCCUUCUUGGAAAAUAUCUCCAACUCUCCCAAGAAAACACCAACAAAGUCCCAGCCAUUCACGCCGUCACGGUUCUGUAACAUAUCUGCGACAGAGCAUCUGAAUCUGGACGAUCCUGCCCUCACCUCGACUCCUGUGUGCUCUCAGAGGUGCCUCCUCAACACGCCCAUUCACAAGGAAACCACACCUAAGCUCCAGAAAGAAAACGAUGGUUCCAGGACCCCUAAAUUCCCAAAAAAUGGCCCAGCUCCAACCCCGAGGACACCAACUCCCUUCAAAAAUGCUUUGGCUGCCCAGGAGAAAAUGCACGGGCCAUUAAAGAUGGAGCCACAGCCGUUGGCGUUUCUAGAAGAGGACAUUCGAGAAGUUCUGAAGAAGGAGACUGGAACAGACAUCUUCAACAAAGCAGAUUUCCAGCCAGAACACAGAGCAUGGAAACAUCAUAUGGAUGGACCAGCUAAAAGAGUGCGCAAGUCCCUUGUGCUGGACCCCUGGGUCAAAGACAGUCUCGACAUCCAACUUUUUCAAGAGCAGCUCAACAUUGCACAGGUGUCAGAGGAGAGUCUACUUUUAAGCUCUUCACUGGUCACUCCAGUCACUGUGACAGAGGAGGGUAGCCAGCCUGUGACUUCUGACAAAGAGGAGUCCUCAUUAGGAGUCCAUCUUCAUCCUCAGCUCUACCCAAGCCCCCACGUGAAGAGGUUUAAUUCCUGUCACAAAACACCAAAACCCGCGACCGGACAGGUGAGUGAGUGGGAAGCAGUGGUUUAUGGGAAGACUGAGGACCAGCUGAUCAUGACUGAACAGGCUCGUCAGUACCUGAAUCCCUACACGUCAUCCAGCUCUACCUCCAGGGCUCUCGUGCUUUGAAGCCACCCCCUGCUAAACAAGAAGCACUACAUCUGUCCAACAACUACAACCUCCACUGAGUCCCGUAAGAGACAAUCCAGUCAAUCUUUUGAAACUGAAGCAAAACUGCCUAGGACGGACGUGUGCACAGAAAGGCAUUUUUAGCAUUAGUGGAUCAUUAUAAGAACCAAUCAUCAGCUUAUACACACGCAGGCCACGCAAGCAGUGUGUAUCACCUCGGACGGCUAAAUCAUUACCAUAUCGUUUAAAAAGACACUAGUCAUUGUGGAACUCUACCAGCUUCCUCUACUGAACCGCCCUAUCACUGUUGUUAGAGUUUAAAAGACCUCACCUGUCACAUUUGUAGCAUUUUUCUACUACACCCGUGUACUUUAGAAUGAAGCCAUGGGUUUUUAAAAGAAAUCUCGUCCAGUACAGACCGUAAUGUUUACUAUUUUUUAUAAAUUGUUGAGUCAACUCGCAGCUUCGUGGGUUUUUAUAAGUGUUGCUGAGAAGUUUCCAAGGUGAUGUGAAGUUUUGAGGAUGGAAAAAAGACGCUGUCAGUAUUGCACUACUGAGUUUCUUUUGUUGUUGUUGUCGUGCUGCUGAGAAAGGAGCAGUGUUUUUAAGGGCAAACUGGAUAGCAUUCUUGAUGGUAUCUGUCUCACAACACAGCGUUUCCUUUCCAAGGCCAUGGAGUCCACAGAGACAUCAGUUGAAUGUAUUUCAUUGCAAUGUUCAUGUGAAAGAACCUCAAACAUGGAAGGGUACAUUAAUGUUUGUUUGUUUUAUUUAUUUUCUGACAGUUUUAAAGCUCAGAUAUUAAUAUAAAUCGGACACCAUGACUUUUUUUUCUCUUUUUUUUUAACUUUGCUAAAAAACAACUUUAAAGCUAUCUCUCUAAAGGAGUCCAAACGAAUAGCCACCAUAACUUUGGCCAAAUGUUUUAGUGUCGCAGUCGACACUGAUUAGUUCUCAUAUCACAGACAUCUGCAUUUGGUUGAAAACCGUGUAGUUUUACAUGAAGGCUGUAGGUUUUAUUUAUUUAAUGU